UAUCAGCUGCAGGUGCGCUGAUUGACGAACGUUCCCGACGUGACCCAUGGAGCGCUGUAUCCCUUGAGAACACGCUCAUUAUAGUUAUUCGUCUUUUUUUCCCCUCCCUCCAGUGCUGGAAAAAUGCAGCUUGUACUGCUGUUUUACGUGUGUCUGGUGCGCCUAGGGCUCUCUGGGGCAAGUAUUGGUCGGAAUUUUCUCAUGAUGUUUCCACCUCAUAAUGACCCCACAGCUGGCCACCAAGUAACAAUAAGAGCUGCAAGUGUUUGGACUUCAGUCACUAUAAAAGUUCUGCAAAGUGACUUCACAGAGAAUGUCUCUCUUAAUGCCACUGAAUCUCAGACUAUUCUCCUGCCUUCGUCUGUGGGAAUGGCCAGUGCUCGUUCCUCAUCCCUCCUCAGUAUAUCGUCUGUACAGCCUGUUACAGUCCUAGCGGCAUUAUGCACCCGGACUGGAUGUGUGCAUAGUCUCCUUCAUGAUGUAUCUUCCUGGGGAACGCACUACUAUCCAGUUACCCCAAACAUCCCAACUCUGACAUCUGUCAGUGAGAUUGUAGUCACCAACUCCAAUCGAGAGACAUCAGUGGAGAUCUUCCCUUCAGUGGAAGUUGUCUUUAAUGGAUCUUUAUACUCUGAGGGGCAAGCUCUUAAAUUGCAUUUAGGAUCAUUUGAGAGCGUCUACCUCCAAAGUAAUUUCAGCCUGUCUGGUUCAGAGAUUUAUGCUCAAGAAGCUGUAGGUGUCAUGGUGGGUUUUACCUGUGUAAACCAUCUAUUAGGGGAUUGCCUAUAUGGAUUUGCUGAACUCAAACCAGUUACUCUCUGGAGCUAUGAAUAUUUUGUUCCUCCCCUAAUAAAUGCUGGAAUGAGUCCUAGUCUCCUGUUGGCUAUGAGUAACAUAAACGCUAACAUGCGUGUCACCACAAGCAUGGACAAGAAGAGUGUUUCUGUCAGUGGUGGAGUUAUGAAGACCAUCACAGUGUUGGCUAUUGAUGAAGUUCACGUCAUCAGCGAUGUUCCACUUCAGCUCAUUUAUUACAGACAUGACCUUGAGCAACGUGCAUCAACUCUUACAGCUCUGCUCUCUGUAGAUGAUAUCUGUCUGUCUGGACCAAUGUCUGAUUCCAAAAAUAUUACACCUUUAGAUGUCACUUUUCACUCAAGAAAUCUGACCAAAUAUACUGUUAAUUUCCUCCAUGAGACCAACGAUAUGGUUUCCCGGUCUAUUAAUGCAGAUGUGGGACACUAUCUAAGCACCAUGAACAGAGAGUCACAUCCAUCAUUGUGUGAAAAAAACAUUUCCUCCUGUGAUGACUUGCACUGUGGUCACAAAAAGCAGUGCACCCUCAGAAAUGGAACUCCAUUAUGUACCGUAAAAACUCAAAUAUGCUCUGCAUGGGAUGAUUCCUAUUAUCGCACCUUUGGAGGAAAAGACUUUGUCCUCCUGGGAAAUUGUAAUUAUACCUUGGUGCAGACUGCAUGUCCAGACAUAAGCGCUUCAACUCCACUACAGGUUAAUAUAGCCAGGGCUUAUUUGAAUGGUGCCACUAUCUCCAGCAUUAACAAUGUGGAGAUAAAAAUCGACGGUUUUAAUAUAUCUAUGGUCAAAGGGGAGCUAAAUCAAAUUAGGGUUAACGGACAUAAAAAGUACCUGCCUAUCAUCCUGCGUAAUGGGACCCUAAGAAUAUAUCCAAGUGGUCUUGGUGUUGUUCUGGACACCUCUGUCGGCUUGAAAUUGCAGUAUGACUGGUCUCAUAAUAUCCUGGUUGAAGCAGGCCCUGAGCUCCAGGGACUUCUGUGUGGUCUUUGUGGAAAUGCAAAUAAAACCACCUCAGGUGACACCAUUGCCUGGAAUGGUACAAAUAUGCCCGAAACCACAGAUUUCACUUUACCAUGGGUGUUAGACAGCAAUACGGAUUCAUGCAUGGAAGACUGUAGCACUGGCCAAUGUCAAGUGUGCAAUUCCACGCAGUCUUAUCCUGGCCCAGAGGGCAACUCCACUGAGAACAAAUGCACUUUACUGAAGCACAAAUAUGGAGCUUUUAGUGACUGUCACUUAUAUAUUGAUCCUGAACCCUUUGUUCGUAGUUGUGAUGACAACCUGUGUCUUAGUGGAGCAAUGAGUUCGGUGUGUAAGGUCUUUGCAGCUUAUGCCAGCAUUUGCCAGAGACUUGGGGGCAGGAUCCGUCACUGGAGAGCAGUCACAAAGUGCUAUCUGGCUUGUCCAAUAAAUAGCCAUUAUGAGGUGUGUGGGUCUGCCUGCCAGCCGACAUGUGGUAACCCUGAGGCCCACCUUAACUGCUCCCUCCCUUGUUUGGAAUCAUGCCAGUGCAACAGGGGAUAUCUUCUAAGUAACGGCAAGUGCGUCUUGCCCAGUGAGUGUGGUUGUAUUCAAAAUGGUUCCUAUUAUCUCCCCUCAAAGACUUUUUGGAUGGAUGGGCAGUGUCAACAGAAAUGUGUCUGCCAGCCUUACAUUAAGACUGUUAUGUGCAUUCAGUCUCACUGCCACGCUGGAGAAAUCUGCAAGGUGUUAAAUGGAGUCCAUGGAUGUCACACUGAUCAGCCUGGCCUUUGUGUGGCCAAAGGGGAGUCUCACUACACCACAUUUGAUGGUCAGAAGUUUGAAGUUCACGGAAACUGUAGUUAUCUACUCGCGUCACACUGUCCAACAUGGGGAUACCGGCAAGAUUUCAGUAUUGAAGUUCAGAACCCUGGCAAGAAGGCAGCCAAUGUUUCUUUCUGGCAUGUCAAAAUGUCAGUUGCUGGUUAUUUCAUUGAGAUGUCAUAUGAGUGGUAUAGCAAGGUCAAGGUGAAUGGUCUGCUGCUGAACCUUCCUUCUGUUUUGGGUCAAGGGAAAAUAAUGCUUUACUUGAAAGGACAGUCAAAUUGUAUAGAAACAGAGUUUGGUGUUAUUGUGACAUACAGCCCACACAUCUUGACAGUCACAAUGCCCAAAGUCUACGCUGGUAGUCUGUGUGGGCUGUGUGGAAACUUUAAUGAUAAACCACAGGAUGACCUGGUUACAGAUGACUUUGAUAUCACUCAAGCAAUCAGACACUGGAGAACCAGCAAGAAACAUGAAUGUUGGGAUGUUCCCAUGACCACCUCAGGCUGCCAUUUACAUGACAAAGAUGUUUAUCAGCGAAAGAAUUUCUGUGGAAUAUUAAUUGAUCAAAAAGGGCCAUUCCAGAACUGUCAUGAAACGGUUGAUCCACAAGAAUUCUAUGACGACUGUGUUCAUGACUUCUGCAAUUGGGAUUGGACGACCCAAUGCCAGGUGCUGUCCAGCUAUGUUGCAGUAUGUCAAGAAAUGGGUGCUCUAUUGGAUGACUGGCGAAAUUCCAGUUUCUGUUCUGUUACGUGCCCAUCUAACAGUGAAUACCACCUCUGUUCCAGUCACAUGCUAGCCUGUGCCCAAAACCCAAGUCCUCCUUCAGUGAGAUGCAAGGAAGGUUGUUUUUGUAAGCCUGGAUUUUUCCACAGUGGCGGGGAAUGUGUACAAAUUUCUGAAUGUGGCUGCAGUUUUAAUGGCAUUUACUACAAACUUGAAGAAAACUUCCAUCCUGAUGAAAACUGCUUUCGUAUGUGUGUCUGUGUGGGCCACAAUAAAGUACAGUGCCAAAUGCACACAUGUCCAGCUGGAACAAAGUGUGUUGUCAAACAAGGCCGCCGUGCAUGCCAUGCCUCACAUAUGAAAUGUACCAUCAUGGGUGGCAGACACUUGCAGACCUUUCAAGGACACCGUUUUAAUGUAAACUUGGGAAAUUUGCACCAUCUCUUACUCCAGCUGUGUGAUGAACCUGGACUUUCUGCUGCUAUUCAUAGAGGCCAGCUUCACCUUAGAAUUAAUGACAUGAACAUGAUACUGCCCAUAGAGUAUACUGGAAGAAUUGAGGUUGAUGGUGUUUUGAAGACCCUCCCUCUUUAUAUGAAUGGUGUUGCAGUACUGUUUUUUGGCUCGCUGAUGCAUAUUGCUGCAGAUAAUGGAACAAUUGUCACCUUUGGCGGUCCUAAGCUAAUACAAAUGACUAUCCCAGCUACAUACAAAAGGCUAUGUGGCUUAUGUCAGAAUGCUGCUACAGGUGACCAAGGAGGUCUGAUGUCUGAUAAUUCCAUGCAUAAUUCUUCACUGUGCUUUUCUCCCACUGGAACAAACUGCUCCAUUGGCUGUCAUGACUGUGUUUUAUGCAAUGGCACUAAAGAAUUUAAAUCGGAUGACUUCUGUGGCAUGUUGCUUGCACCUGGAGGUUCAUUUGGGAGUUGCCAUUCCAUUGUGGACCCAAUGCCAUAUUUUCAGAACUGUAUGAAGGGCUUGUGUAGGUCAAAUAACACUGACGUUUUUUGUGACAGUUUGAGACAGUAUACAUUUGCAUGCCAGGAUGCAGGAGCUGAGGUCAAACCAUGGAGGGGGCAGAAGUGUGAACUUCCAUGCUCUGGGCACUCCCACUACAAUGUAUGUGUCCGUGCAUGUUCUGAGUCCUGUACUACUUUAUCUGAUGUACCUUGUCCAUCGCACUGCUAUGAGGGAUGUCAAUGUGACUCUGGAUAUGUGCAAAGUGGGAAUGGCUGUGUAAGACCUGAGCAAUGUGGAUGUUUCUACCUUGGGCAAUACUAUGAGGUUGGGGAAGAUCUUUGGAAUGUAAACUGCUCUAAGCAAUGUAACUGCUGCUCCACUGCCACCCUGUGUUGUAGAGCAGCUUCUUGCCUCAAGUGGCAAAACUGUGAAUUUAAUGGAACUUGGCACUGUGGAGAGAAAACUAUGGUCUGCCCAGUAAAUAGCCAUUAUGAACCCUGUGGGACAGCCUGCCCUCCUACCUGUGUGGCAAACUUCAAUUCAUCCUGCAACCUAAGUUGUGUGGAGGGAUGCCAGUGUGACCCUGGGUUUCUUCUGGAUGGUGACACCUGUGUCAACAAAUCUCAGUGUGGCUGUACAUACAAUGGAGACCGCUACCAUAGCAACAAGACAUUUUGGGCUGAUGAGUCGUGUACUCGACAGUGUAGAUGUGAUCCCUACACCCGCCAAGUACAGUGCCAUGAGGCUUAUUGUGAUUCUGAUGAGUAUUGUGAUCUUCAGAAUGGAAUCAGAACCUGUGUGCAGCAUAAUUACAAGAUGUGCCGAUAUAGUGGUAAUCGUCUACUUACUUUCGAUCACCGUGAGUACAAUUUCCUUGGGGCCUGCCAGUAUCAGUUACUGGGCAUUUGUCAACAGUGGCAAGGCCUUGAUGUCAUCAAAAUAGAUGUACUGACAGAUGCAUACAAUCAGUUGGCACAAAAUGUCUUGGUCAGCAUAAAUGACCAAUUUGUGAAACUAGACCUAAAAAAUCUAGAAAGCAUAGAGGUUAACGGCACCAAGAGGAGCUUGCCAUUCUACAUCAACGAAACAGUUGUGCUUUCAUUGGGGCUGCACACUUACCUCUACUCAGAUUUUGGAUUUUUAAGUAUUAGUAAAGAAGGCAUCAUAGUAAUUAGUCUCUUUAGUAAAUAUGCCAAUGCUACUUGUGGACUGUGUGGUAAUUUCAAUUCAGACCCUAGUGACGACCUCUCAGUGAAUGGCACACAUGAGCAUCUCACUCCAGAACAAUUUGGAAAAGCUUGGAGAAGUGGACAGAAUCACUCCUGUUAUGAAGGCUGUCUAGGUGGAAGCUGUCCAAAUUGUUCGUCUGACACUUUGGCCCCCCUCUCUGACCCAGCUGGAUGUGGAAAGAUUCUGGAAGUUAAUGGACCAUUCAAACACUGUCAUAGCAAAGUGGACCCCUCCAGCUUUUACAAGAGCUGCAUCGGUGGCCUGUGUCUUUAUGGAGAUGUGCGGCUUGCAGUGUGUCACUCCCUGGCAGAGUAUGCUGAUGUCUGCCUUCAUCACAAGGCUUUAGUUGAUGCCUGGAGGAGCCCUGAAUUUUGCGAUGAUUCAUGUCACUCCAGUACCAUCUACAGCAUGAGUAAAUCACCAGUCGAAAUUUGCUUGGGUUUCCGUAAUCUGACAGUUAAGAUUCCUGCUGUUGGUGAGAACUGUCUGUGUGGAGCAGGUUUAGUCCUCAGUGGAAGCAACUGUGUUCUUCCAGCAAACUGCGGCUGUUUGCAUGGAGAUGGAAGAUACGUCUUGCCAGGACAGGAGCUGUCUACAUGUGAGCAAAAGUGUUCAUGCCAUCCUGGUGGAAAUUUGAGUUGUGUUGAUGUGUCAUGUAGUCUGAAUGAAGAGUGUACCAUUAUUGGAGGCAUUCAAGGUUGCCACCCCAAAACUGAAAUGGACCGCUGCUCUGUUAAUGGAUCCCAGUUUAACACAUUUGAUGGACAAGCCUUUGAAUUUCAUGGUUCAUACAACUACACUCUGAUUGACACAUGUGCACUUGUGGACCAGCAUGUUGAGCCACUUUUAAUCACUGUCAUUGGUAGUGACCACAGUGAAGGCAAGCAGAUCGAUCUGCAGGUAUACAAUAUGACUUUAAAGAUGUCAUCUGCUUAUCCCCAAAAAAUUCAGGUAAAUGAAGUUUACGAGCACCUCCCAUUCUUGGGGGUUAAUGUAACCGUGCAUCAGGAAAAUGGACGGAUGACUCUCAAGACUGCAAAUUUGGUAGUGAUUAUUUCUGAUCUUUACAACUACAUAGAGGUCAAGCUACCAAUUACUUAUCACCGGACAACAUGUGGCCUUUGUGGGAACAACAAUGACGAGUCAACAGAUGAUAUGCAGCUACCCAACGGCACGGUGGUCUCUGAUCCAGAUGUCUUUAGGCAGUCAUGGAUGUUGUCGGGCUCUGAAUCCUGCAGGGAAACAGCAAAUAGCACCUGCCAACCUUGUCAAUCCCCUUUGCCAGAGUAUAGUUCUGAUCUUUACUGUGGCGUUGUCACACAGCCAAAUGGGCCAUUCUCCUCUUGUCACACUGUAACAUGCCCUGAGAAAUAUUACACCAUGUGCCUGAAUAACCUUUGUGGUGCAAAGGGACACAAGCAAGCUUUAUGUGGUCCAUUAGAGUUGUACGAGGCAGCAUGUAAAGUAGCUGGUGUGGCUGUUGACCCUUGGAGGAACAUCACUGGCUGUGCACAGAAAUGUCCUCAGUUUAGCCAUUUCAGUCCAUGUGCCAACAUCUGCACCUCCUACUGUUCUGAAAUUAGUUUUGCGGCACAGUGUCCUACACACUGUGAAGAAGGAUGCCAGUGUGAUGAUCAAUACUUUUAUGAUGGUCAUGCAUGUGUCCCAGCUGAGCAGUGUGGCUGCAUUUAUGAAGGAACGAGGGUUAAGGUCUCCGAAAGAAAACUUCUACAAAACUGUACCUUGAACUGCACCUGUGGGCCGCCGCUUACCUGUGAGGAACACAAGUGUCCGCCACUGCACAGUUGUAUGAUUUUAAAUGGAGUGACUAACUGUCACAAUGACUCGCAAGACCAAAACUCAUGUGAUGGGAAAUGUGAGAAAUCACAGUAUUGCCACCUCAGAAAUGGUGUAGCAGUUUGUGAGAACCGUUCAGGUCUCUGCUGGACCUGGGGAAACCAGUACUAUCGUACUUUUGAUGGCUUCAACUACAAUGUCAAAGGCACCUGCACCUAUCUGCUUUCUGGCAGCAAAGGAGCACCAGGUGGAGCGACACCUUUCAUGGUGUCUAAGAAGAGUGAUUGCGAAAUGUCCUCCAGGCAGCUGGUGACUGUACAUGCAUAUGGCUUUGUCUUAACGUUUGCCGACAAGGACAGUGUACAUGUAAAUGGCCAAGUAAAUUAUAUACCUGUUACUCUGCUUCGGGGUAAGAUUGAAGUUUCAAACAAGGAAGACAAAACUUUACUGGAGACUGACUUUGGGCUGCAUGUGCUGUUUGACUGGAAUACAACUCUUAUAACUCUGCACCCCAACUAUAAGGAUGUUGUCUAUGGGCUUUGUGGCAAUUUUAAUGAUGAUCCUCAAGAUGACUUUGCCAUAAAUUUGCAUGGUAUGCCUCCCGUUAAAACAAGUGUAGAGUUGGCUCAGUCUUUUCACAUUUUUGAUGGUGAUCUUAGCUGUUGCACUGGUUGUAAGAAGAGCAAUUUAGAGAACGCUACUUUGCUCGAAGAUGGGCCAGCUGGAAUCAUUACCACUCAAAUAGGUCACUGUAAUGAUCUCAUUGAUCCAACUGGACCGUUUGCACAUUGUCACAUUCACGUUGACCCACACUCAUUUUAUCAAAGUUGUAGAGCUGAUCUUAUUCAAGGAAUGUUAGAGGUUGCUUUUGAGCAAGCGGCAACAUCCUAUACUGCUGUUUGUAAAGAGAUGAGCAGUGACUUCCCUCCCGACCUGACCAUUGUUGGUGGCUGUCCGCCAAACAGUCACUACACCACUUGUGGCUCAGCCUGUCCCCAAACCUGUUUUGAAAACCCAAUUUUAUGUAUUCUGGUUUGUGUCCAAGGCUGCUUCUGCAACCCCGGUUUCGUACAGAGUCCAGAGGGCUGUGUGCCACCCAACCAGUGUGGUUGCGCUGACUCCAGAGGAAAAUACCACCGCCUUAACUCUGUCUUCUGGAUCCCUGAUGACUGUGGACAACUUUGCACCUGUAAACCAGGAGAAACUAAAUGCAACCCAUCUGGGUGCCCUAAAGGAAUGUCCUGCAAGCAGCUUCCUAACAAAAGGAUGUGUCAAGCUGUAGAUCCUCAGAACUGUACCAUUGUUAAUGGACUUCACUUUACAUCCUUUGAUGGGAAUCACUUUGAUUUCAGGGACAAUUGUGAAUACGUGUUGGUUGAAACGAACAAGAAUCUAAAUGGACUUGAACCAUUCUACAUCACUAUCGCUGAUGCAAGUUGCCACAAAAGAUUGUUUCAUAGCCUAACUUUAAAACUCUCGAUUUAUAGUUCGGAAGUAGUACUUAGCAAAGAAGACCCUGACAAAUUGCUUGUCAAUGGAUUGCAUAAGCCUUUGCCAUACGCACACCAUACAGGCCAUUUCAAUGCCUAUCACACACCAUCAUCUCUCGUUAUUCAUGUUGACAUGGGAUUGCAGGUGAUUGUCUAUAAAUCUGGCACUGUGAUGGUAGUCCUCCCUAGCAGUUAUGCAUCAUCUGUUCACGGUCUCUGUGGAAAUGCCAACUUUGACCCGUAUGAUGACCAAAUCAUGCCUGAUGGAGAAGAAGCUCAAAGUACACUAGAGUUUGCUCACAGCUGGAUGUUUGGAGGAGCAAGGGCUUGUAGUUCCCGGUGCACUGCCAGACCUAAGAAUUGCCCUAGGGAUUCAUGGAAGCUUUAUGGAGGAAGUCAUUUUUGUGGCAUACUGAAGGAUGAACUUGGUCCUUUUGCCGAGUGUGCUUUGGGUUUGAGUCCAAAGUCAUACUUCCACAAUUGUUUAACAGACACCUGUUUUUAUGGAGGACAUUAUUUUGCAACUUGUAGUUCCAUUGCUGCAUAUGUCGCUGCCUGUCAAGCAGCUCAGUUGGUUGUGAGAAACUGGAGAAGCGACACCUUCUGUGGUAUGACAUGCCCCAAGAAUAGCCACUAUGAACUGUGUGGACCUCGAUGUCCUGCUGUUUGUCCUGGACUUUCCUCUGCAACUAACUGCGGAGGUGGCUGUGAGGAGGGUUGCCAGUGUGACCGUGGUUAUGUCCUCAGUAAUGGUCAUUGUGUUCAAGAGGCAGACUGUGGUUGCCUAUAUGACGGAAAGCACUAUCCUGCUGGUUAUUUUUCUGACUUAAAAACCUGUCAAUUUUGUUACUGUUAUAAAGCAAAAGUGUCUUGCAGACCAUCACCAUGUAGGCCUGAAGAGGGCCUUUCAUCAAGUGAUCACCUUUUUGACUCAAGACCCUGGCAGUAUGCAACUUGUGAAAUUUUUGGAGGGUUUGGUUUUGUGACUUUUGAUGGUUUGGUUUUGCCUCACUACGGUGCUUGCACCUAUUUGGUGUCUGAACGGUCGCCCAAAGAUAUACAUGGCCACAGUCUACUGCUCAGCUUUGAGAAGAACAAUGAAUCGACUUUUGUCAGCAAGAUUAUAUUUGUUAUUGCUCUGGUAGAAAUAAGAAUAAAUCUACAAACUCCAUGGAAAAUUCAAGUGAAUGGCGAAGACUUCAUGGUGCCCUACACUAAUGAUAUUCUUAAAGCUUUUGAAGAUGGUGGAAGGCUGACCAUUACUUCUGUGACUGGAGUAAGACUUGACCUCUCCUUCACAAAGUAUAUAAGGCUGAGCAUACCACAAGAUUACAAUCGCUCGGCUUCAGGCCUUUGUGGUAAUUUCAAUAGGGACAAAUCUGAUGACCUGGAACUAAGAAGUGGUUACCAUGCCCAAAGUAUUGCAGAUUUUUUCCAUAGCUGGUCUAUUGUUGCCCCAGGGCAGAAUUGCAGUGACACUUGUGGAGUGUACUGUGGUCAGUGCAAACUAUCUUUAAAGGCCAAAACAAUGUGUGACAUCUUGACCACAAGCAUUGAAUUUAAUCACUGCUCGAGUUGGGGUGUUAAACCUGAAGUUUACAGAGACGUGUGCCUCAGGGCCAUUUGUGGUGGAGUAGCAUAUUUUGAAGCUGUUUGUCUAGCGCUGGAAGCCUACUCUGCUGCCUGCCAGGCUGCAGGAAUAACAAUACGUUCCUGGAGAGAAAAUGGCACCUGCUCUUUCAAGUGUCUGAAUGGCAGCAGCCCAAGUCAAUGUGUUGACUACAAUUCCAACUCGUGUCCUGCCCUCCUGCAGCCUAGCUCCUCAGCAGCUGGCUGUUCUGGAGGGUGCCAGUGCCAAAAUGGAAACUUAUUUGAUGGGAGCGAGUGUGUACCAGUCAGCCAAUGUGGGUGUGUUGUUCGUGGUAGAUAUAUCAAGAUGGAUGAGCACUUGUACAGUAAGGACUGCACAGAGAGAUGCUGGUGCCACCCUCAGGCCGGUGCAUUGUGUGAGAAAACUGCCUGCAGCACUGGGCAAUUUUGCUCCCUGAAGAAUGGCUCCUGGAGAUGUGUUGGACAGGAGGUCUGUCAACUCAAAGACAGCCUUCAGCUCUCAACUUUCAAUGGGCAGCAGCUGAGUUUGGCACCCAAAACACCUUAUCAGCUGAUAGGCCUUUGCAACAAGACUACUCCAGAGUGGUUUAGCCUAAUUUCUUACAAUGGACCCUGUGACAGGAGCAGCACCAGGCCUGUUACAGUGUUCCAAAUCUUCCUGGUGGGAUUCUCAAUUGUCAUCCAGAAUGGCAUUGUUAAGGUGAAUGGACACCUUGUACCUCUGCCUCACGUGUUGCCAUCAGGUCUGACACUGUCAUCAAGCGUGGCCCAGGAUGAGUCUGAAGUGGUAGUGGUCCUAAAGAAAGAUCCUGGACUAGAAUCAGAAAUGGAAAUGGAGAUCGGCAUCACUAUGGUCACACUCAACGCAACUUCUUGGUACUCUGGAAAAUUGUGUGGAAUCUGUGGAAACCUUAGUGACCCUCAUUCACAUACACUGGUCAAAUCCUGGGCUGUCUCACAUUUUCAAGGCUGCCCAACUCUAGGAAAUGGCAGUGCUGAGCUCCAUUUGUAAUUGUUGAAUGAAUUGCAUUAAAAAUGAAAAAGUCAUUGUGUUGUUUAAUUGGGCACAAAGUUGUUGGUUUAAAAAUGUUUAGUUUAAAGGACCAGGAAUGCAGAUUUAU